AUGGAAUUGUCUAACUCAAACACAGCCAAGAAGAAACAGCAGUUAGAAAUAUUUAAAACAUAUGCCACUCCGUUAAGGCCGAACCAAAGAAAAGCAGUUACUGAUUCAUACGUUCCCGACGAGGGUGUUUGCAUUGGUGGGAACCAGCAAGAGGCUGGUAGUGAGGAUGUUCUCAGGUUUAAUGACUUUGUUAACCUUAUAUCAAACUCCAGGUCGCUCUAUUCGAAGUUUACAGAUCAUAGUUUUAAUCUAAAUCAAAUCCCUAACAACUUGUUCGGUUGCAUAUUUUUUGCUAUAGAUGAGAACAACAAGGGCUAUCUUAAUUUGAAUGAUUGGUUUUACUUCAAUAAUAUUUUAGAAUAUGAUAAUUAUCAUUUUAUUAUUUUAUAUGAAUUUUUCAGAAAAUUCGAUGCAGCUAGAAGGAAGCCGGACAGGAGAGUGACGAAAUCGAUAAAUUACGGGAACAAGUUUCUAUCGUUUGAUGAGCUUGUGCUCGAUUUAGACCAGUUUAAAGCGACGUUGCAUUUACUGCACAGUUGUGUGGUAGAUCCUUUUAUCAUUAAGAACAAGUUGUUUCUUGAUUGGAAUCAGUUUAAAUGGCUUAAAUGGUAUCAGUUUUACCCUCAAGGAGUGCUAGAGCAUGGCCCGCAUCUCACGUUAAACUCGUUGAUAACUAUUAUUCAGAAUGAUAUCAAGUCGGAGAAGUUGUUGCUAGGAUUUAGUAAAUUGUCACAGUUGAACCAUCGUACCAACGCUUUAACCAUCAGUAAAAACCAGUUGGUCUAUUUGAUGAAAUUGUUUUAUUCACAUAAGGUUCCGGCUGACGUGUUCAACUCCUUGAAUUUGUCUAAUUCAAGGAAGAUAAAAUGCAACAACAACCAUAUUAACUAUAAUGUCUUUCGAGAUUUAUUUUAUUUAUUCCAAAAUUUUGACCUUCUCAAUCAAGUUUUAUAUCGGUACGCGCAAGUUAACAACUUCUGUGAUAGAGAGGUUAGGGAACGUUUUAUUACCAGGAAGGAUCUACUAAAAUUCUUGAAUUCUGAAUAUAACAAGGUGAAUAAUAUCGUUGAAUUCUCCCCAUCACAAAUAGCGCUUUUAUUUUCUAUUGUGGGAAAUUCAAAAAAGAUGAAUGAACGCUCCAAAAAGGCGGAGCAGCAACUGCAGUUGGAAUACCAUCAUCGAGAUUCAGAAAUAGAGCACUUUAUUCAGCAUGAAUAUAAUGGUAACCAUAUCCUCACCCCACAGCAGAUGCUCAGCUUGGACCAGUUUAACCGCGAUUAUAGAGAUUUUGAUCUUGAUGAUCGUAAUCCACAACAAGACCACGAAACAGAGCGAUUCUCGAUGUCCUCUCUAUGGGAAUAUUUGUCCUUCAAAAAUAAAGAUAGUUCAUCAGUCCCAACGGGAGUCCCUUGGGAUGACACUAGCGCCAAUGAACUAUUAACUCUUGAGGAUAUAAUGAAAAUUGUUAAUCCCAAUUAUCUCAACGAUUUAGUUCAUCGAAUGGAACUAAUGAGGAUUGAAAGUGCAUCCAGAAAUGCAAACCUAUACUUUUUUCCGAUUUUUGAUUCCAUUUAUAACUUUACUUUGGGCUCGAUAGCGGGUUGCAUUGGGGCUACAGUCGUUUAUCCAAUUGACAUGGUUAAGACAAGGAUGCAAGCACAGCGAGCCUUCUCGGAAUAUAAAAAUUCCUUCGACUGUCUGAUGAAGAUAUUAUCCCGCGAAGGUUUACGUGGGUUGUAUUCCGGAUUGGGCCCUCAACUAAUUGGUGUGGCACCAGAAAAGGCUAUAAAAUUGACUGUAAAUGAUUAUAUGAGAAGCAUUCUUGCAGGAAGAGAUAGAAAGCUAAACUUAUCCUCCGAAAUUAUAUCAGGUGCAACUGCAGGGGCCUGUCAAGUUGUUUUUACAAACCCACUAGAAAUUAUUAAGAUUAGAUUACAAGUAAAAUCAGAAUAUGUGGGAGAUAUUGCCAGGUCUAACAUUAAUGCCAUAUCAGUUGCAAGGCAAUUGGGUUUCUUAGGCCUUUAUAAGGGUGUUUUUGCGUGUUUAUUGAGAGACAUACCAUUUUCUGCCAUUUAUUUCCCCACAUACGCUCGCAUUAAGGCUAAUUUGUUUGAGUUUGAUCCCACAGACUCAACAAAGCGUAGCAAACUAAAAACCUGGCAUUUGCUUUUAUCAGGUGGAUUGGCUGGUAUGCCUGCUGCUUUCUUGACUACACCAUUUGAUGUUAUUAAGACCAGGUUACAGAUUGACCCAAAGAAAGGUGAAUCUUCUUACCAUGGCAUUUUCCAUGCUGUAAGGACAAUCUUAAAGGAAGAAGGCAUAAAAAGCUUUUUUAAAGGUGGUCCCGCGCGUGUAUUAAGAUCUUCUCCACAGUUUGGUUUUACUCUUGCAGCUUAUGAAAUAUUCCAUAAUUUAUUUCCCAUGCCAAUAAAAGAUGAAGGCUAUGAUAGACGCGAUAAUCGACUGCUUAAUAACAUUACUUCGCCAAUUUCAAAUACAAUGAAGUCACUAUUCCCCACAGAAAAAGAAAAAUCAGCGAAUGGUGUUUGGAAUUCAAGAUUAUAUGGACCGAACACCGAUCCGUAUGAUAGUUAUUUCUUGAAUUACUACUAUAAGAGCUGUCAAAUUGGCAAAACCUUCAUGGAUCUUGAUUACAACUUUGCUCAGUUCGAUUUCAAAACCUACCAAAGAUUUCACGAAGAGCUAAAAAAAUUAGAUGAAGACAAUUCUCAAUAA